AUGGGUGAUUCGUGUCAAGCAUGUCUUACAAGAGUUCCUCACGCUACCCUUAUAGCUACAAUAAUGUGCUGUUUGGGCGUGGGAGUCUUCUGUGGUACUAUGUAUCGAGGAUCUUCUUUGUCAAUUUUGAUGUUUGACGAAGUUUUCCACUUUCGAUUGAUGUGGAUAGAUGCUCUACAAAUGAUUUUUAUUGUGGGCAGCGCUUGUAUGGCGGCUCUGGGUUUUAUGUUAUUAUGUCUCGGAUGCCUCACAACUGGUGCUACGCGACAGAAAGUAUACCGCGCCUGGAGAGCAAGAGUCGGCGGUCGUAUAUCUUGUGCAGUCUUCAUGAUUAUAACUUACAUUCUAACUUUUAUCUGGCUAAUACUACUGGGUUUCUUGGUCAUAACAACUUUCUUAUUCACAAUAUUCUGGGCACUGUGUUCUAAGCCGAAAAACAUUGAACUAUCCACCUGUAUUGAUUUCACACAGUUUGAUUUCAUGUUUCCUUCAUCUGUUCGCCAAGAGGAUAUGAAAAUAUGUGAAGCACAUAAAAUAAAGCUGUUCUGUAAAGAUUAUGUUGAAAAAGCUGAAUUUAUGUUCAUCCUAGCCAUGGUGUCCUGUCUGCUUGUUAUACUGAGUUUAGUACAUUAUUUAAUGUGUCUAUCAGCCAACUAUGCCCACAUCCGAGACCAUGAGAAGUUCCAGGAGCUUCAAGAGCUGCAAUACCUCACCAACCCAGAUCUACAUGCCUCUAAAGACAGGUUCUAG